ACGUGUGAUUGGCUAACUCGUUGAUUUGAUAAUUCAUUAUUCAGUCUCGUCUUCUUUCCAGACGGUUCUUGUUUCGAUACAAAACGAAUUUGUUAGUAUUUACUAGUUAAUUCGAUUAUAAUUUUGAUUCAUUUAAAAUUAUCGGCAAGUGCAUGGUGUUAGUUAGAAUAAUUUUACAAUAGAGAGCAUACUUCUCUCUGUUUACAAGUAACUUCUGACCCAAUCAACGAAUGGUAGAUUAGAUACAACGGUAUGAACCAAUGACAAUCAUUUAUUUGCAUCGUUGAAAUUGUGCGAAUGUUCAUCGGGCGAUAAAAACAGGAGCGCUAGUGUCUCUAGUGACAGAAAAAGAAGAGCUCGAAGCAAUCAAUAAAAUCCCAAAACUGAAAUAAAUACAUUCUUCAGAACGGUUACUUUAUCAUAUUCGAUUGCAUCUUUUAUCAAUCUAUCUAUUCUCAAAAAAAUUCAGGAAUAUAUUUCCAUAAAUAUAUACAUUGUUGUAUCAAAUACAUUGAACAAUUUUAUGGUUAAAACUUAACAAUGGGAAAAGGAAGAAAAGGUAAAAAAUCUGGAGGAGAUGGUGGUAGAGAACAAGACGGAGGUAAUCAACAACAACAGCAACCACCAAGUUCUUCUCAACAAAGACCUCAACAACCUCGUACAGACCAGCAUCAACAAUCAGGUCCAAGAGGCCAGCAAGGAUCUGGUCCACAACAACAAUCGGGUCCAAGAGGCCAGCAAGGAUCUGGUCCACAACAACAAUCAGGUCCGAGAGGCCAGCAAGGAUCAGGACAACAACAAUCAGGUCCGAGAGGCCAGCAAGGAUCUGGUCCACAACAACAAUCAGGUCCGAGAGGCCAGCAAGGAUCAGGACAACAACAAUCAGGUCCGAGAGGCCAGCAAGGAUCUGGUCCACAACAACAAUCAGCUUGGGGCCAAUCGAGGCAACAACAACCAUCAGGUCCUAGUCCUCCUCAAGGAUCAGGACAACAACAAGCAGCAUGGGGCCAAUCGGGGCAACAACAACCAUCAGGUCCUAGUCCUCCUCAAGGAUCAGGACAACAACAAGCAGCAUGGGGCCAAUCGAGGCAACAACAACCAUCAGGUCCUAGUCCUCCUCAAGGAUCAGGACAACAACAAGCAGCAUGGGGCAAAUCGAGGCAACAACAACCAUCAGGUCCUAGUCCUCCUCAAGGAUCAGGACAACAACAAGCAGCACGGGGCCAAUCGGGGCAACAACAACCAUCAGGUCCUAGUCCUCCUCAAUCCCAAAAAUCAUCUUUGAGUCAAUCUAUGAAAAAACUAGAUAUUAAAUCUGGAAAAACACAUGAAAAGCAAACAGAUAAAAAAUCACCAUCGAAAUCAACUGGGUCUACAUCUACUGCGUCAGCUGACACCGGAGAAAAUCUUACACCUAUAGAACGAUUAAUGAAUGUAAAAAAAUCAAAACAUCCUCUAUCAGAUGCAGAUAAACACAAAUGGUUAAGUUUGAUUCCUGUUAGAAAAAAUUUGAAUAUUUGUGGUACAGAGGGUAGAAAAAUUAGAGUUUAUACAAAUAUGGUUUCUCUUAUAUUUAAAUCUAAUUUCAAAAGUUUAGUAACUCAUUAUGAUGUUAAAUUUGACCCUGAUAAACCAAAGUUUAUUAAAAAACUUGCUCUGGACGCUAUGCGAGAAAAACAUUAUCCAAAGAAUUGGCCGGCUUUUGAUGGACGUGUUAAUCUUAUUUCAGCUGGUGAUCUGCCAUUUGGUUAUAGUAUAACCGAUUCGGUAGAAAUAUUUGAUCAUGAACGUCAAAGUACACGUCCUGUUACUGUUACAUUGACAAAAGCUAACGAAAUAGAUAUGAACUGGUUGAGAAAUAAAAACUAUCAAAAUGAUUCGGACGGAAUUGAAAUAAGUAUGCAAGUAUUAAAUAUCAUUUUACGCAGUGCACCAUCUGCUAAUUCAAUCUCUGUUGGACGUACAUUUUUCAAACAACCACCUCAAAGAAUCGAUUUAAGUGGUGGUAUGGAGCUUUAUACUGGAAUUUUUCAAUCUGCAGUGAUGGGAUGGAAACCUUUAUAUAACAUUGAUGUUGCUAACAAAGCAUUCCCAAGUUCAAUAAAUGUAGUUGAACUUUUUAAAGAACUUUGUGCAGAUCGAGGAAGAGUUCCAAAUGAAGUAACAGCGGACAUGAUAAAACAUCAUUAUGAUGAUAUUUCCCGUUUUAUAACUGGCUUAAAAGUAAUUUACCAACUACCAGAUAAACCAUCUCAAAAACGCACUGUCGGAGUAAAUGGUCUUGACAGAUCAGCACGUGAUGCAGUAUUUGAAUUAGAUAAUAAUGAGAAAACAACUGUUGAGCGGUACUUUUUGGGUUGUAAACAUUAUAAACUCCAAUAUCCUGAUUUGCCAUGUCUUUGGGUUGGUUCAAGAGCCAAAAGAACUCUACUACCACCAGAAUUAUGCAGUAUUGCACCUGGAUUAGUAACUAACAGAAAACUAAGUGAAAACCAAACUCGAAAUAUGAUAAGAAAUACUGCAAAGCCUGCUUAUGAACGAAAACAAACAAUUGAUAGACUUUUCCAUGGAACAAAUUAUAAUGAAAAUCAAACAUUACGAGAAUUUGGAGUAUCUUUAAAUGGGACUUUUGAAGAAGUAGACGCUCGUGUACUGAGCCCGCCAGAGUUACAAUAUCACCAACAAACAGUUAAAGUAAGCAAAGGUGUAUGGCAAGCUUCAAAAUUUUAUUCGGCUAAAGAAAUACCUUCAAACACAUGGACUAUUUUGAAUUUAACUCGAAUAAAUGAAGAUUAUUGCCGGCAAUUCGCCAAUUUUAUAAAAAAUUCAGGCAGAUCCAAUGGUAUGAAUAUUGGAGAGCUAAAAACUCCACUUGGCCAUUUUAAUCCCCGUGAUAGAGAUUUUCUUAAGAGAGUUAUAUCUUUCUUGGAGCAGAAAAAGCAAGAAAACAUACGUCUUGUGGUUGUUGUAAUUCCGCCAAAUCCACCAGAUAUCUAUCAAAAAGUCAAACAAUUGGCAGAAUUGAGAGUUGGAAUUUUAACACAAUGUAUUAAAGAUAAUACAAUAAAUAAGAUAGUUGAAAGAAACGACAGGGCAACGACCGGCAAUAUUCUCUUAAAAAUCAAUUCCAAAUUGAAUGGAGUCAAUCAUGUAAUUUCAGCUCAAGUUAAACCUGAAUGUUUGAAAGUACCUACUAUAAUAUUUGGUGCUGAUGUUACUCAUCCAUCUCCUGAUGCUGAGAAAAUUCCAUCGAUUGCUGCGGUCACCGCUAGUAGCUCACACGAUGUUUUCAAAUAUAACUUUGAGCUUAGAAUUCAACCAGCUCGAGAAGAACUCAUUUUAGAUCUCGAGAAUAUAGUUGUGAAACAAAUAAACAUUUUUCAACGAAUGAAUGGCAACAGAAAACCGGAAAAUAUUAUUUUCUAUAGAGAUGGAGUUGGUGAUUCACAAUUCCCUCAAUUGAUGCAUUUCGAACUUGGUGCUAUUCAAAAAGCAUGCUCAAGAAUUUAUAAUUCCGGAGAGCCUAAACCUAAAAUUACAUUUUUGGUUGUUCAAAAACGGCAUCAUAUAAGAUUGUUUCCUAAAGAUCGAAAUAAUUCAGACGAUAGAGGUGGAAAUGUGCAAGCUGGAACGAUUGUUGAUACUCAAAUUACCCAUCCAUCACAUAUUGACUUUUAUCUCGUAUCUCAUGCUAGCAUUCAGGGAACUGCAAGACCAACUAAAUAUCAUUGUUUAUUCAAUGAUAAUCCUAAGAUGUCCGAAAAUGAGAUUGAAAAAUUGACGUACCACUUAUGUCAUAUGUUCUCUCGUUGUAAUCGCUCAGUGAGUUAUCCAGCUCCAACUUAUAAUGCUCAUUUAGCAGCAUUUCGUGCUCGGGCACUUAUAUUUGGAGUUGAUAUUCCAAUGGAUAAUAUGAUCGAGGCACAGAAAAAAAUUACCAUCCAUCGUGAUUUAUUUGAUUCAAAUCCAAUGUUUUUCGUAUAAAAUACGUAUAUUACUAGUUUUUCAUAAUUCAGAAAGACUGUUCUUUUAUUAUUUUUCUUAUUCUAUAUUUUAUUACAUAUAUGAUAUAUUUCUAUGCAUUAAUAUACUAUUAAUAAACAUACAUUGUAUUUUUCGUUAAAUUGAUUAUGAAUGAAGAUUUAUAAAAACGAGAUUCUCGUUUGUAUAUCUAUAACAUAAUAAAAUCUAUCUAACAAAG